UCGUACCAACGAAAAUGUGGCAACGUUGCGUCGAGUUUUAUGUCUGCACAUGAAGCUCUUGUCCUGUGACAGUGCAGAAAGUUGUUAAUCAAAACUAGGAAUACCGAGUCUGAAAGGCUUGAAGCGAAAGAAAAGUCAUGGCGGAAUCAAACACAACCGACGGGGGCCGUAUCAUCAAGAUGGAAGUGGACUACAGUUCGACUUGCGAUGAAAAGAUACCCAUCUGUAAAGCUUUGGCGGCAGAGGGCAAAAUUAAUGAAGGCCUGGAAAUUCUUUAUGCUCUUGAGAAGCAGACUAGGACUGGUGCCGAUGCCAUCUCCACUGGACGUAUCUUGGAAGCUAUUGUGCAGCUUUGCUUCGACACCAAGAAGUGGGAUCUGCUCAACGAAAAUGUCAUUAGUUUGACCAAAAGAAGGAGCCAGUUGAAAGCAGCUGUUACCAAAAUGGUCCAGCAAUGCUGCAAAUAUGUUGACCAGAUGCCUACCAAGGAAGUGAAGCUCAAACUGAUUGAUACCCUCAGAACUGUCACUACUGGAAAGAUCUAUGUUGAGGUGGAACGCGCCCGAUUGACUCACAUUCUAGCCCAAAUGAAGGAAAAUGAAGGUGAAGUCACUGAAGCCGCCGACAUUCUCCAGGAGCUCCAGGUUGAGACCUACGGAUCCAUGGAAAAGCGAGAAAAGGUCGAGCUCAUUCUGGAACAAAUGAGGCUUUGUCUCGCAAAGAAAGACUUUAUCCGCACGCAGAUCAUUUCGAAGAAGAUCAGCAUCAAAUUCUUUGAAGAAAAGGACUCGCACGACCUUAAGCUGAAAUUUUACAAAAUCAUGAUCGAUGUGGACCAGCACGAAGGAUCGUAUCUUUCCAUCUGUAAACACUACCGGGCCAUGUACAACACUGACGUGAUCCAGGAGAACGAGGCCGAUCGACGCAUGAUGAUGCAGCACGCCAUCCUUUACCUUUUGCUGAGUCCCUUUGACAACGAACAGUCCGAUCUCACUCACCGGUUCCUCCAGGAGAAAGUCGUCGACGAAAUCCCCAAAUACAAGGAACUGCUGCAGUUGUUUAUCGCUGCUGAACUCAUCCACUGGGGUACUCUCUGCCAGCAGUAUGAACAAGUCCUUCGAGUGGGAGACGCUUCCACACCAGCAACUAACGUCUUCACCGUCGGUACCGAGGAAAGUGAGAAACGCUGGAAGGCCCUCAAGACCCGCGUUGUCGAGUACAAUAUCCGCAUUAUGGCCAAGUACUACACCCGUGUGACGAUGCAAAGAAUGGCGGCUCUCCUUGACUUGUCGGUCGAGGAAACGGAAGAGUUUCUCUCCAAUUUGGUUUCCAGCAAGACCGUCACCGCCAAGGUGGACCGAUUGGACGGCGUCGUUCAUUUCCAAACGUCACAAACGCAAGACGUCAAUGUCCUACUCAACAAUUGGUCAAGUGGCCUCGCCUCGCUGAUGGACCUCGUCACCAAAACCAAUCACCUCAUCAACCGCGAAGAGAUGGUUCACCGACACUUGUUGGCCACCAACCCUUCGCAAGAGUGAGGUAUCUUUUUUGAAGUACAUAACAAACUGUCUGCGCCGAUUGAUAAAUAAAAACAGAAUUCUUCGAUUUCCA